AUGGCAUUUGUAGCUAAGGAGUGGGUGAAUGAGGGUAUUCUAGAGCGCUUAGACGCUGGAGAAAUUGUGAUUGGAGAUGGAGGAUUUGUUUUUGCUCUUGAAAAGAGGGGAUAUGUAAAAGCUGGGCCUUGGACUCCUGAAGCAACGGUAGAACACCCAGAAGCAGUUCGUCAGCUUCACCGGGAAUUCCUCAGAGCUGGAUCCAAUGUUCUGCAGACAUUCACCUUUUAUGCCAGUGAGGACAAACUAGAGAACCGGGGCAAUUAUGUAGCUGAGAAAAUAAGUUGCCAGAAAGUGAAUGAAGCUGCUUGUGACAUUGCAAGAGAAGUGGCUAAUGAAGGUGAUGCUUUAGUGGCUGGAGGAGUCAGUCAAACACCAUCAUACUUAAGCUGCAAGGAUAAAGCAGAGGUUAAAGCCGCCUUUCGAAAGCAACUAGAAGUCUUUAUGAAGAAGAAUGUGGACUUCCUCAUUGCAGAGUAUUUUGAACAUGUUGAAGAGGCUGUCUGGGCAGUUGAAGUUUUAAAAGAAUCUGGAAAGCCAGUUGCAGCUACGAUGUGCAUUGGUCCAGAAGGAGAUAUGCAUGGUGUGCCCCCUGGACAAUGUGCAGUCCAGCUGGUCAAAGCUGGUGCUUCUAUUGUUGGAGUCAACUGCCAUUUUGAUCCAGAUACUUGCCUGGAAACUGUGAAACUGAUGAAAGAGGGCUUGCAGUCUGCUAAACUGAAAGCCCACCUGAUGUCUCAACCACUUGCUUUCCAUACACCUGACUGUGGAAAGCAGGGUUUUAUUGAUCUUCCAGAAUUUCCCUUUGGUCUGGAGCCAAGAAUUGUAACCAGAUGGGAUAUUCAAAAAUAUGCAAGAAAGGCUUAUGACUUAGGAAUUCGUUACAUUGGAGGUUGCUGUGGAUUUGAGCCAUAUCAUGUCCGAGCAAUAGCAGAGGAGCUGGCUCCUGAAAGAGGAUUCUUGCCAGAAGCUUCUGAGAAACAUGGUAGCUGGGGCGAUAGCCUGAGCAUGCAUACCAAACCUUGGGUCAGAGCAAGGGCAAGAAAAGAAUACUGGGAUAAUCUGAAACCUGCUUCAGGCAGGCCGUAUUGUCCUUCAAUGUCAAAGCCAGAUGGCUGGGGAGUGACCAAAGGAGCCAGGGAGCUGAUGCAACAGAAAGAAGCAACAAGUGAACAACAGCUGAAGGAGCUCUUCCAGAAACAGAAGUUCUAA